AUUUACUCGUGUGUGUGUGUGUUUGUGUGUGUGUGUGUGGGACUGGGGGGCUGACCUGACCAGCAGCAAUCUCAGAGACAGAAAAGAAAAACACAAUGUGAGGAUAAAGGGAGCACUUAGAAAAACCCAGUAGACCAGGACGGCUCGGCGUUGGACCGUCCGCCUCAGCAGCUCACGGACACGGGUGACUCUAGGCUGAGGCUUCGGAGCCUCAACCGCAGACUCGCUCCCAGGGAGCGGAUGGACAGGAGCAGAGACCCCGAACAGUCCCGUGGAAGGUAGCAGACGGAGUUACCAUGCCGACCGAUGACAGCGCGGGCCGUUUUCCCGCCUUCACGCCCCCGCCCAACGGCCGCCACCAGCGGUCGCCGGGCUACGUUCCGGGCCGGGUGGCACCCAUUCGCUCCCCCCCUCCAACCAAGGCCCCCCCGCCGCCACCGCCGCCACCCUCCAAGCCCCGCGGCCCCCCCCCGGAGCGACACACAGCGACCUUUAACCUCUCGGAGGACCGCCGCCGCCGCGAGCACGCCCUGAACCUCCUGCGGCGGAGGAACACCUUCAUCUGCUUCGGGGUGUCCUUCGGCGUGCUCUUCCUCACGCUCAUCCUCGUCCUCAGCCUGACGGACGGCGAGGUGCUGGACGAGAACUGUCCCGACCACAGCCCGUCGCUGAGCAGUUGGAAGCCCGGCCACCAACCAGAGAAGGCCUUUGUCGUCAGUAGUGGAAGCCAGCUGCGAUUGGAAGAAUCCGCCACUUUCCAUUCCAUAACCAUCCAAUCAGGGGGUGUGCUGGUGUUCGCGGACGACGCCGCGGGCUCCCGGAACAUCACCCUGCGGACGCGCCACAUCCUGAUCCAGGACGGCGGGGCGCUGCACGUCGGCGCGCCCAAGUGCCCGUACCGGUCCCGGGCGGCGGUGGCCCUCCUGGGCCGCUCCGACGACCCCGCCUCCGUCGCCGGGGCCGAGGUGCCCGCCAUGGGCCGCAAGUUCAUCGGCGUGGCGGCCGGCGGCACGCUGGAGCUCCACGGGCGGCGGCGGGUGUCGUGGUCGCUGCUGACCCGCGGCGUGCCGGCCUCGGGCCUGGCCACCGGCGGCUACUCCUUCCAGCGCAACUUCAGCCGCGGGAUCAACCUGCGCGUGGUGGACCAGGACACGGCCGCCGUGCUGCUGCUGGAGCGCUUCGACACGCACGACUCGCGCAACGACAGCCUGCGGCUCUCGGAGCUGCUGCGAGCGCUGCCGGCGGGCCGCGUGGUGGCGCUGGCCGUGGGCGACUCGGCCGCCAAGAGCCUGCUGGACGACACCAAGAGGGCGGUGGGGGAGCGGCUGGGGAGCCGCUUCGUCUACGACCUCAAGUACAGGCAGGCGUGGGCCCUGGUGUCGGUGGUGGGGGGCGGGAACGCGUCGUGCUCGGAGGACGCGCGCGAACACGAGAACCACAACACGGGGGGUAAGGCCCUGGCCCGCCGCAACUUCACCACCACGGAGGGCGUGGCCUUCUCCGUCACGGCCUUCAGCGAGUGGAGCAACGGUUUCCCAAUCUCGGGCUUUCAGGUGGAUGCCGUGGACCAGGUGGUGCUGAACCUGCAGGACGAGGUGCAGCAGACCUGGCAACCGGGCGACCAGAUCGUGGUUGCCAGCACGGACUACUCCAUGCACCAGGCGGAGGAGUUCACGCUGCUGCCCUGCGCCCACUGCUCCAGCAGGCAGGUCCUGAUACAGGGGAGGCCCCAGUACACCCACAUGGGGGAGAUCGUGGACGGGGUGGACAUGCGUGCCGAGGUGGGUCUGCUCUCCAGGAACAUUCUCAUUUACGGGGAGAUGGAAAACUCCUGCUACGGAAACAACUGGUGCCAGUUCUACAGCCACGACACCUAUGGAGGCCACAUCAAGAUCCUGGCAAACUUCACGUCGGUGCACCUGUCCCACGUGGAGCUGAGGCACAUGGGCCAGCAGGCGGUGAGGGGCAGCUACCCGCUGCACUUCCACCUGUGUGGCGACGUGGACCAGCGGGGGGGCUACCGGCAGCCCACCGCCGUCGACGGCCUCUCCAUCCACCACUCCUUCUCCCGCUGCGUCAGCAUCCACGCCACCAACGGCCUGCUGGUCAGGGACACGGUGGGCUACGACACGCUGGGCCACUGCUUCUUCCUGGAGGACGGCAUCGAGCAGCGCAACACGCUGUUCCACAACCUGGGGCUGCUGACGCGGCCUGGCACCUUGCUGCCCACCGACCGCAACGACACCAUCUGCACCGCCCUCAGGGACCGGGUGCACCCGGGGUACAUGCCCUCGCCCAGCACCGAGUGCAAGGCAGUCUCAACCUUCUGGAUCGCCAACCCGAACAACAACCUGAUCAGCAACGCGGCCGCUGGUUCUCAGGACGCCGGCAUCUGGUUCGUGUUCCACAGCGCCUCCACGGGGGACUCCCAGGGCCUGGUGCCCGAGACCAAGGCCGAGCUCACCCCCCUGGGCAUCUUCUACAACAACCGGGUCCACUCCAACUUCAAGGCUGGGCUGUUCAUUGAUAAAGGUGUGAAGACGACCAAAGCCACGGCGAAGGACCCCAGGGAAUACCUCUGUCUAGACAACAGUGCCAGAUUCCGGCCGCACCAGCACGCCGAUCCCAGCCGUCCGCGCGUGGCGGCGGUCAUCGACACGCUCAUCUCCUUCAAGAACAACGACCUGGGGGCCUGGAUCCGGGGAGGGGACAUCAUCAUCAGGAACUCUGGGUUUGCAGACAACGGAGUGGGCCUGUCCUUUGCCAGCGAUGGCAGUUACCCUAAGGAUGAGGGCUCCAGCCAGGAGGUGAGCCAGUCCCUGUUUGUGGGCGAGAGCCAGAACCGGGGAACCAACGGGGGGCAGAACAAGUACUGGGGCCUGGGCGGCUCCGAUGGGAAGAUGAGGACACUGCCCAGAAACAGGACGUUCCCGAUCCGCGGCUUCCAGAUCUACGACGGGCCGGUGCGUCUGACCAGCAGCACGUUCCGCGGCUUCGCGCCCACGGCCGAGCGGCUCACCAGCGCCGUGGGCUUCAGCCUGAAGAACACCUGGCAGCUCACGCCGCGCAACAACCUGUCCCGCCUCCACUUCCACCCCAGCGUGGGUCUGCGGGCGUUCUUCGGCCGGCCCGGCCAGUGGUUCGAGGAGAACGACCUGGACGGCGACAAGAACUCCAUCUUCCACGACGUGGACGGCUCGGUGACGGGCCGCGCCGGCGUGUUCGUGGGCCGCGCCGACAACUUCCUGAUCCAGCACCCCGCCUGCGCCAACCUGUCCCGCUGGAACGCCGUGGCCUGCAGCGGCCGCUACGCCCAGGUGUACAUCCAGACGCAAGGCGCCCCCAGCCUGACGCUGUCCAUCGUCAGGGACGAAUACCCGCAGGCGCCCCUGCUGCUGCGGGGCACCAACAGCCAGGGGGCGCUGUCGCAGCAGUACCAGCCCGUCCUCAUGAUGAGCAAGAGCUACACGCUGCACUGGAGCGGCCUGGCGCCCCGCGACGUGGUGCUAUCACUCAUCAACUACGACAGAGGGGACUGGACCCUGGUGGGGAUCUGUUACCCCUCUGACACCACCUUCCAGGUCAUGGCCGACACCAACGAUCGCCAGGGCAACAGCUUCGACGACAAAAGCGACUACGGCACGGUGGGCUCGCUGGCUGAGCUGACGAGGGCGCCGCUGGACAGGAAGUACUUCUUCGACCGCGGCGUGGGGCUGCUGUGGCUGUACCUGCGGGCGCGUCACGGCCGCGAGGGCCACAGCUACUGCUCGUCGCGCGGCUGCGAGCGGGUCCGGGUGGUGGCCACCACCGCCUCCACGCAGACCUGCGACUGCACUGCCAAGGCCUACCCCAAGUACACCAAGACCCCCUCGCCCAGCCUGCCCAUGCCCCCCCUCUCCGACGCUCCCUGCAAGGACUGCGGGGCCAAGCAGCUGGUGUUCUCCAGCGAGCCCUGGACCUCCUACCUGCACACCCAGAUCAAGUCCCUGAGCACCAAGGAGCUGCAGAGUGGGGACAACAGCUCCUUCAUCACUGUGAACGAGGUCGUCUCGCCCUUCUCCAAGCCCGGCUUCUACAUGCUCUGUGUGGACGCCUGCUCAGGGAAAGUCCUCAAAAAGAACUAUUUUGCCGCCGUGGACGCGUACAUGAAACAGUUUCUGAAAACAGUGAUACCAAAGAGGUCCAUCAUUCUCCUGGCAACCCGAGGGGAGCCGGUGGGAUUCGCUGACGUUUCGUCUCAUCUGGUCCCCCUGGGGUUGGCCAAGACGGCCCACCUGCUGGGGAAAGAAGCGUUGGCGUUCUGGGGGUUCCAGGGUCCAGUGGGUUCCCCGGGCCCCCCCCCUCCCUGGGUGUCCCUCCAGACCGGCCAGGGGGAGGAGGUCCUGGGCCCCAGGGAGCGCUACCUGCCCCUGGGCCUGGAGGUCUACGGCUGCCCCCCCGACAAGACCCGGACCCGCAAGGACCUGGAGCUGCUGAGCACGGCCACAGAGCUGCACUGAGCGGCGGGACCCCCAAAGAGACACACACACACAGAAACUGACACAUGUACACACACACACAUACCCAUACACUUACACUAACACCAACA